AUGGCCAGAGGAUCAGUGAAAUCCCUGGGUUCGAAGAAAAUGGGUUCCCUUUCACGGUUUCAAAGACUACCUAAGAACUCGUUGACUCAAAGUGAUAGUUUGAAUACAACAGCUGAUCUUCAAAGCCACAUCAUAGACAAAAUAAGCGCUCCCAUCGUUAAAAGAUCGAAGAAUGGAAUUGAAGACAAAAAUGCGUUUGAAAAGAAAAAAGAGGUUCUCAGGAUUCACUUGCACCACAUCUCCAUCAUCAAUAAAAACAUAUCCUUACCUGUUCCUUUUUUAAGCAUAUGGCCUAACAGCCUGUACCUCAUAGUUGACCUUCCGUCUAAAACCAGGUUUCAGAUUCCCUUCAAAUCUCUGAGCCAGAUAUACAUGUCUGAAGAUGAAAAGAAUUUUGUGAUUCUGUUUCGUAAGACUGAAGUGCUCAGCAAACAGAUCUUCGGGGAAUUACUAGACGAGGACACGAAAACAAAUCGAAUAUGGCUUUUCCUAGAUCCCGAGACUGACGUUCAAGACGUGGCAAAACUGAAACAGUUAUUUCGCCAAUUGUGCAAGAUAUAUCUGGUUAAAUUGCAUCUAAUGAACUUUGCUGACUUGCAGCAGUAUUUUAAGAACGAAGUGAACGAACCAAAAGUCCCCAAAAUAUCCACAACAAAUUUUUAUUCUAACCUGGCUGAUGAGGAUAGUAGGAUCACUCGAGCUAGGCGGAAGAAGAUUAACGAAGAGCAACCCACGGAAAUUGACUUAGCCACUGAAGACGGUGAAGACCUGGAUACAAAACUCUCCUCCAAAUUGACACACCAACCAACGAAAGAAUCUAAAAGUAAAACCCCUCUUCCCGUUGUUGCCGAUGAAGAAAUAGGAGAAGGCAAACAAUUGGUAUUGACCCAUCAGUUAUGUUACCAGUUCAAGGAUUCUCGCAAGAUUGUCAUAAACAAUUCUGAUUUCAAAUGUCUUUACAACAAUAAUUGGAUUAACGACAACGUAAUUGAUUUUUUUCUCAAGUAUUACGUCCAGGAUUUCAAUGAAGCUCGCGUGGAACUGUUUUCCUGUUUUCUAUAUUCAAAACUGAUUACGCCCAAUCAUUCGGUUUUAUCAGUGUAUGACAAUGUGAAAAACUGGUUUCGAAACAACGAUACACUUUUUGAAAAUGAUUUUGUUAUUAUUCCUAUCAAUCACAAUUAUCACUGGUUUUGUAUUAUAAUCCAAAACCUGAAGAAUAUAGUCAACGGGAAAUACCUAUCAAAGGAUAUUCAUAAUUUUGAGAGACCAUACUUGUACGUUUUGGAUUCUCUGAAGCAAUCUCAUGGACCUGCAACGAAAGCAAUUAGGCUUUUUCUUGCGGGUUAUGCAAAAGAAAAACUGCAUUUGGAUAUUAAUACCCAACUGAUAAAGACCAGAACAUUGAAUGUAUUAUUGCAGAACAAUUUCAAUGACUGUGGUUUACAUCUCAUAUUCAACAUCUGUAAGUUUACAACCAAGCAUACACUUUUCAUGGAUCUGAUCAAGUCCAGAUUAUCUGGAAGCUCAGAUACGAACAGAAUAACCACCGAGUUAUUUCCAGUUUCCGGGAUGCGCACUAUCAGAAAGGACCUGAGAGAUAUCAUACUAUCAUUAUUAAAGCAAAAUCUUCAUGAUAGGAACUUUCCUCAAGAAGACGUCGAAAAAGUUGGGCAAGUCAUGAAUGGUGAUUUGAAAAAUGGUUGCAUUGAUUCGGAAGGGGCUGCGUCUUUCAGUGAAAGAGUAGUGGAUCAAACUGAUGAUUUGGAAAUCUUAGAUGGUGAUCCUGCCAUGAUUGAAUCUCAAAUACCGUUUUUGUUACAAAAAGAGGCUGAACUUAAGAACACAGAGCAUUAA